ACAUUUCAAACUAACUGGGCCAGGCUCCAUUCCAUAAAGCCCACCUAAACCCUCUCACUAUAUAAAUGAAACAAAGGAGCGAAGUUGUCACCUCAUUGCCGCCGGUGGAUUAGGGUUUUACGUUUCUCAUAGAGCUUCCAAGCUAAUACACAGAGCGGCGCCGUCGUCUUCCGAGAAAAGCAACCAUGGGGCACCAGAACGUCUGGAAUUCUCACCCCAAGACCUACGGUCCUGGAUCGAGGGCUUGCCGUGUCUGUGGCAACCCUCAUGCAAUCAUCAGGAAGUACGGGCUCAUGUGCUGCAGGCAAUGCUUCCGCAGCAACGCCAAGGAGAUUGGCUUCAUCAAGUACCGUUGAGUGGAAUUGGUGGAGCAUGGAUGGGUUUCUUGGCAGAGCUUGCUAUGGCGAUUGAUAUGUUGACCUACGUAAUAGCAGUUUAAUUUCGGUUCCAAGUGAUGUAAUCCCUGUAGGCAUCAAGAUUUUGUUAAUUUUGCUUGGUUAAGAUCAUGAUGAACAAGAUUGAUAUUUGUCUGUCUUCAGUGCAAUUUAAGUGAGAAACUGUGUUUGGUAUCUUUUGGAUCAAUCUGUUGAUUAGCGUUGAAAUCGUUUUCGGCCUGUGGUAAAGGUGUUGUUGGAGUUGCGCUGUGGCUUGGCCAUGACUUGAGCUAAGUCACUUGUUUGGUUAGCUUUAAGGGGUCCUUUGGAUGGAUUAAAGUGAUUAGUCAAUGUGCUCCAAUCGACUC